AUGAUAAGUCACAGUGGGAUUGGAGGAAAGUCAUCAAACGAUCCUCAUUCCUACUUUCUGACGGCCACGCUCAAUACCGUCUUCCCUAUCACAAAGCGGGCCCUUUCUAUCACGGCACAGAUGUCCUCUUCAACCAUCACGACAUCGCAGACCCUGUCUCUCUUCUCCAUCAGUUUAUCGGAAACCAUCAUCCAAGCCAUUGGACGCUCGCUUCCCUACGUCUACACCUCCACCAUAAUUAAUGUUUCAAUCCCCUUCUUCACCAGUCUCGCUCUCUCACUCAUUCUUCUUACCUCCACCAUCCCCCACACACAACAUCAAUACCUUAUUAGCCGACAGCUCCCUCACUCAAUAAUAAACAAGAUCCACGCCGCUGCCAAACUCGCACCCAAAUUCGGCCUCGCCGAAUUUGUCAUCGUUCGCUCACUCAUCACAUUCAUUGUCGUUUCAGAUGACUCUCCUCCGCACCGCUCUGACUUAGCGCUAUGUAUUAGCGAUGCUGAGUCAAGCGUUAUGACUGAUCAAGCAGCACGCGAGGCAACCCAGUCUUCAGGCAUCGCCUACCCCUCUGCUUAUCAGAAAGACUACGAUUUCAGCACGCCCUUUCUCACACCAUUUUUUCACGACCCUCCCUCCUCUCCCUACGUUUAA